AUGUGUUGGUACACGAUGCUGAGUGUUCCGGACUUAGCCACCUUCGGCGAGCCCUGUGACAAUCACGCCAACUGCCUUGAUGAAUACGGUGUUCAUAACAAGGAUCCACGGGCGGACGACACGAAACCGUACGCCUGCGCCCUGUACAGUUUCUGCCCGGACCAUUGUUGUCCCAUGAAGCACAUCCGGUACAUGAAAGACUGUUACCAGUCGCAGAGAAACCCUUGCUACGCUGAGAAUCAACCAGUAAGCGAUAUUCACGAGGUACUAUCACCAGGUAGAAUCGAGCGCUACGCGCCGUUCACCGCGGUUCGCUGUUCGAGCAGGCCCCAGUCGUCGAGAAUGUCUCUGUGCGAGUGGUACGCGAAUCGCGUGGUGCUCCUCACGGGAGUCACCAGCGAAUUGGGACGCACACUGUUGGAGAAGAUCCUACGGUGUUUACCGGACGUCAAAGUGUAUAUCGUUCUUAGAUCCCAAAAUGGUUUGAACGCCGAGGAACGGGUAAAGAAGAUAUUCGCGUCACCUAGGUAUGAGCGACUGAAGCAAGAGAUGCCGGGCGCGAUCUCGCGCGUGAAAACGUUCGAGGGGAAUCUGCUUUACGAGGAUCUCGCCCUAAGCACGAAGGACAAAGCCUUGUUGAGGGAGGUCACCGCGGCCUUUCAUGCCGCCGGGCCACACGACUCUCUCCUGGAAUAUUGUCAGGAAUUACCGAAGCUCAAGAGUAUCGCCGUAGCGUCCACCAUAUUCAAGCAUCGUGGCAAGAUAGACGAAAGCCUGCAGAAUGAAAAGAUUCCCGAGUUACCGAUCGCCCUGGUGCGGUUUUCCUGCAUCGGACCGGCUUACAAGGAACCAAUGCCCGGAUUCGUUGAGAGUCUCAAAGGACCCAACGCCCUCAUGAUCGGCGCGGGAUUCGCGUACGGCAAAUCGGAAUUACAAGCGGAAAUCAUCCCGGUAGAUAUAGCAGCAAACACGCUGAUCGCGGCUGCGUGGGAAGUCGGCAUGACCAAGACUACAAAACCAGUCGUUUAUAAUGCGGCGUUGUUAGGCUGCACGUGGGAUGAUCUGAUUAAAAAGAGUCAACGGGCCAGCACGAAGUUUCCCUAUCCGACCUUUGGAUUUCGUGGAAUGACGUCCAUUCUACCGCUGUACUGGAUUUUGAUACUGUUCUUCGAAUGGCUGCCAUCCUUACUCUGCGACAGCAUCUUUGGUCUAUGCGGCAGAAAACAGAGGAUUCUCGCAGAGUUCGACAGAGUUCGUAAUGCACUUCAACCUUUGAAGUCAAUUUCAUCGAGGCCAUGGCUAGCGGAAAGGAAUCGCGUGUACCUGCUGCAGGAACGUCUCACGACGGAAGAACGGGACAUAUUUCCGAUCGCCCCGGAGAUCGACAUUGAGAGUUAUGUCUUGUGCGCUUAUGUCUUGUGCGCCGCAGCCGCCACCCGGAAGUACUGUGUGAACGAGGACAAUCUUAAAAUCGUAACAAUGAUUCAUCAGUCUUUAUUAUAUAUUCCCGUGAUAUUUGUCGUCGCCUACAUCGCAACGCGUGUAACAUAAUAUACAAGUUAGAUCAAAAUUAUUGUAUAUUUGUGUACACAAAAAGAUUUUCUUUUUACAAAAAAAAAUAAGUGAAAAAGAGAACAUUUUUGAAACAUCUUUACACUCUGAUAUUUAUAUAAUGAAUAAUCGUGCUUUUAUGUAAUUAUUGAUUUGCAGCUUAUAGGAUUAAAUUAUAAACUUGCACUUCAAGUUUCAAUUUUAUUUUAUAUAUUUGUUUCAAGCUCAGCCCUAUUUGAUCGAUUGAAAUAUAGAAUAUUUUCAGAGUGUAAAGAUGUUUCAAAAAUGUUCUCUUUUUUUACUUAUUUUUUUUGUAAAAAGAAAAUCUUUUUGUGUACACAAAUAUACAAUAAUUUUGUAUAAUAUAAUAGUAUAAUAUUAUAUUAUAUAUAGUACAAAUUCUAUAUUUUCAAUCGAUCAAAUAGGGCUGAGCUUGAAAAAAAUAUAUAAAAUAAAAUUGAAACUUGAAGUGCAAGUUUAUAAUUAUAAUGUUAUAUAAUAUAACAUUAUGCUAUAUAUAAUAUUUUAUAUCAAUACCGUGCAUACGCAUCAACAUGUAUGUUAAUGUUACAAUAGUACGAUAUAGUUUCUCUAUUAUAAGUCAUUUUAACGCAGAAUUUUUUUUUUGGUGUAAAGAAAAUAUUUCAAUUGCACACGAGGUCGAUUCUGGUGGCACACUCUUCUGGAACCAUACGUAACGCUUUGCAAAUAUUCGUGCGAGUUGCACGAGACGCCUAUAUGAGAAAAUGCCGUUUGGGUGAAAGUUUCUAGGCACGGCAGUAUCAACAAAGAUAUAUUUC